ACAUCCCUAUUUCUUCUCCGCUUCCGGCCCCUCUCUCCAUUCAGGAAAAUCAGAACAAAAAGCUGAGGUUUGAAGCUCCAAUUCCAGCGCUUGCCGUUCUCAUAUUUCCAAUGACAGGAUUUUGGUUUCACCAUUUUUGGCUGCGUCGCCUGUACAUCAAGGGUCGUGGCCCGAGAGCUAUGAGGGCUAGAUUGGGAAGGGAGCGAAAGGUUAAUCGGCGUGUGAUGCAGUCGCUGAUAGCGUCACGAGUUGCAGCUGCCGAGAUGGAGGAGCAAAUCCGGAGGAUCAGACAAGUGAUGGAGCUACAGUUUCAAGCCAAUAUCCUUGAUGAUCUGUGGGUUCUUGAUUGUCUCUUUGAGGUUGAAAAUGACCCUCGGAUUAGGAACAUCCUCGGUUUGAACCGAGCUCGUACGUUUACAGGACCGCGGCGCCGUCCCGGACCACCAUGAGAGUUUAAAUGUCGGGACUUCUGUGGAGGUGGUGAUGGAUAGGCCCAAGAUUUUUGGUGGUCCUCAGACUAACCAAAAAAUUAGGCUCUUAAGGGAU